ACCCGGAAGUAAAAAGGUUUUAUGGGAGUUUUUUUUGUGAGAUGACGUUUGUCUGCUUUUCCCGUGUAACAGCUGUAUCGAAGACUGGAAAUCUGCACUUCUUCAUCUUCUUGCCCGGGUCCCUGGUGCCAGUAUCGCCUCAAAGAGAUUAAACGGAGUGGUUAAAAAGCUGUGGGGGAUCCCCCACCUUACUGCAGAGCUCCUGUUCUCCUAACACGCCGCUACAUAUUUAAACUGCAAACAUGGUGUUAGCGGACUUGGGGAGGAAGAUAACAUCGGCGCUGAGAUCUCUCAGCAAUGCCACCAUCAUCAAUGAAGAGGUUUUAAAUGCUAUGCUAAAAGAGGUCUGUGCUGCCCUGCUAGAAGCUGAUGUGAACAUCAAACUGGUGAAGCAGCUCAGAGAAAAUGUCAAGGCAGCCAUUGACCUCGAGGAAAUGGCCUCCGGGCUGAAUAAGAGGCGAAUGAUCCAGCAUGCUGUUUUCAAGGAGCUUGUCAAGCUGGUGGACCCUGGUGUGAAAUCAUGGACACCUACAAAAGGAAAGAACAACAUCAUCAUGUUUGUUGGCCUUCAGGGUAGUGGAAAAACCACAACAUGUACUAAGUUGGCAUAUUACUACCAAAGAAAAGGAUGGAAAACAUGCUUGAUCUGUGCUGACACUUUUAGAGCAGGUGCCUUUGAUCAGCUGAAGCAAAAUGCAACAAAAGCCAGAAUUCCAUUUUAUGGAAGUUACACAGAAAUGGAUCCAGUCAUAAUAGCUGCUGAGGGAGUCGAAAAAUUCAAGUCAGAAAACUUUGAAAUAAUCAUUGUCGACACUAGCGGUCGUCAUAAGCAAGAAGAUUCGCUGUUUGAAGAAAUGCUACAGGUUUCAAAUGCUGUGCAACCCGACAACAUUGUGUACGUGAUGGAUGCAUCCAUUGGUCAGGCUUGUGAGGCUCAGGCUAAGGCCUUCAAAGACAAGGUAGAUGUGGCGUCUGUCAUCGUCACUAAGCUGGAUGGCCAUGCUAAAGGUGGUGGCGCCCUCAGUGCAGUUGCUGCCACAAAGAGUCCUAUCAUUUUCAUCGGGACAGGCGAGCACAUUGAUGAUUUUGAGCCUUUUAAAACUCAGCCCUUCAUAAGCAAACUGCUUGGAAUGGGAGACAUCGAGGGACUGAUAGAUAAAGUGAAUGAACUCAAACUUGAUGAUAAUGAGGAGCUAAUUGACAAACUUAAACAUGGUCAGUUCACACUCCGGGACAUGUAUGAACAGUUCCAGAACAUCAUGAAAAUGGGACCUUUUGGGCAAAUCAUGGGUAUGAUCCCAGGCUUUGGAACAGACUUCAUGAGUAAAGGCAAUGAACAGGAAUCUAUGGCCAGGUUAAAGAAACUCAUGACCAUAAUGGACAGUAUGAAUGACCAAGAACUGGACAACAAAGACGGUGCAAAGUUGUUCAGUAAGCAGCCGAACCGGGUUCAGCGGGUGGCGCGGGGUGCAGGUGUAGCCACCAGAGACGUGCAGGAACUGCUUACCCAGUACACAAAGUUCGCCCAAAUGGUCAAGAAAAUGGGUGGAAUUAAAGGUUUAUUUAAAGGAGGAGACAUGUCCAAGAAUGUUAACCCAUCUCAGAUGGCCAAAUUGAACCAGCAGAUGGCAAAGAUGAUGGAUCCAAGAGUGCUGCACCACAUGGGUGGCAUGGCUGGUCUACAGUCGAUGAUGAGGCAGUUUCAGCAAGGGGCUGCUGGCAACAUGAAAGGAAUGAUGGGAUUCAACAAUAUGUGAAUGCUUAAGGCUUAAAUAAAGAUGGAAAUCAUCCUGAUGGAUUUUAACAAAAAUAAAA